CGGCAAACGGUGGCGCGAGGAACCGGCACAACAUGGACUUCUCCGUGUCCUUCCUCGAGAAUCUGUACGAAAGUGAAUCCGUUGGGAAUGAUGCGGCGGUAGAAUCAGUAAUAGUGUCGAUUCCAUCCAAGUCUGCACACCCUUCGCCGCGAAAGGCAUCUCCAUCUGUGGUGGACCGAGCGUCAAUUCCAUGCCGCACUUCGUUGGGUAUGACACCUUCUCCAAUGAAGCGCAAGAGGACACCGUCGAUGACCAAUAGCCCAUCUUCAGCUGUGGAACUGACUGACGAAGGAAGUGAGUCCUCCUUCACACGCCGUCGACGCUCUCCAAGGAAACACGCAACCUCACCGGUGAAACACUUCGCCGUGGGGGCAACGCCACCGAGUCGUCAUUCCCCACAUUCGAACGUCACAUGUGCCAAAGCUGGGCCGCUUGAUCUGUCGUCUAUUGCCGAACAACCCCAUCCACCUACUCCACCGGAAACUCGUGACGAGGAUUCCACCGCAACUUUGCUGUCACUUGCCUCGCCGACCCAUGCAACCAACAGUUCCAACACGACCAUUGCGACUCCAUUAUUCCUGGCAGCGACUGCACCUUCUUCUGACCAUCCUAAGUCUCCGACGUUGACUUCCACGGCACCAUCAUCUCCAGCUGCCACGGACGCAGCCGCGCCACUCUCGACAGACCCCUCAAUGGACCAAAUUUUCAUGACGGGACAGCAAGUGCACUGCGUGCGGCAUGUCGUGCUUUCCCAGCGGCGGUACGCAUCGGGAUGGACUGGGCACGACGGAGCCAUUGACGAUGUCCGCCGCGUGUUGGAAAGAACGAUCUCGUUCGGGGAAAGCCAAAGUGCGAUGGUCGUCGGGUCCGCUGGUAGUGGCAAGCGAGCGAUUGUUGCACGCGCUGUCGCCCAGUUGAAGGCAGCCAGCCCACGAGUCUUCUUUCCCGUGUACUUGAGUGGAAGUGCGCUCGCCAACGACAUGGAAGGGUUUCGCGAGAUUGUUCAGCAACUCGUCCCGGAAGGUGGCGUUGCCGGCCACAAGGCGGCCUCCUUUUUCAACGUGUAUGACUUUCUCAAGCAGUUGCUGCUGGAGAAGGCGCUGGCAGGCCACGCCGUCAUUUUCGUCCUGGAUGCGUUCGACACGUUCGUCGGCGGCGCCAAGCAACUUCUCGUGUACAAUCUCCUCGACUGGAUGCAAUCGAAAGACGUCUGCAUUGGCCUUGUCGGCAUUUCGUGCAACUUUAACGUUCUCGCGCACUUUGAGAAACGGGUCAAGUCACGCUUCUCAAAUAUUCAGAUCGCUGUGCCCCGGCCGCCGCUGAAAGCAAUCUUGCAGCUUCUGUGGUCGUCGUUCCAGUUCCGUCGGCCGGCAGCAACAAUUGCAUGCGAUCCGACGAACGCACCGCGCCCAAUUCAUGCUACUGGACACUCGGUGGCGUGGCCCGCGCAUGUGCCGCAGCCCUCCGACGACUUUUACGACCUGUGGGAAGCUUCGUUGUAUCGCGUACUGUUUGGAGCGGACCUGCACUCGACGUGGUGGUGGCAGCACCUGUACGACCUCGGCAAACCCGUCGACGUGUUUGUCCGCCUUCUACAAGUCGCCUUGACACAGCUCACGCCGUCCAAACCGUUGCUCGACAACGCGCACGUACAGGCCGCGUGGGAUGUGCUCUUUCCAGACCACGUCCUCCAUGCUUUGCGAGGCUUGACCACGCGCGAGAUGACGCUGGUGCUCGGCAUGAUUGGGCUCGAACGGCAGGGCAAGUCGCAGUACUCGUUUGAGAUGGUAUUUCACGACUGCAGCGCCUUCUACCGCCAACACGCGAUGAAGAGCCCGCCCCGCGUCGAGUUGCUCCAUGCACUGGCCAACCUGCUUGCUCUCCACGUCGUCCAUGAGGUGACGCACCAGCCGCAGCCAGAGUACUCGAUGGUGCGACUCGCCGUGCGGCCGACGGAAGUGUUGGACGCAAUUCGAAAGAAGAGUGUCGCAUGCACGGCCUUGGUCGAGCAGUGGGCAAUGACCACACUGGUGUAAAAAUGUACACCCACCCAAGGUCGCGAUCCCUUUGGACCACCAUGUCGUUGACCGCGAAGUCAGACAUGUCUCUCGCCAACGCACGUCACGAUGACGUAACGAAAUACCCCAUUCACGCAAUUACAUGUUGCCUGCCCGGUACUCUUCGAGCUUUUCGAUUUUGCCUGUUUCAAGGAAUUCGUCGAUCUUGGUCGCGCUGGCUUUGCCGACGCCCUUGAGCUUCAUCGCUUGUUUCCCUGACGUGAGGGCGUCUUCUGCAUCACGGAUUGCUUUCGCGACCUUCGAGUACGACCCGCCUUUGAACCGAUCGCCUUUCUUAAAUUCAAACCCUGCCAGGUCCGAAAACGCCUCAGCCAACGCUUGGUUCUUAGUGUUCGUGGCUUGCGCGACGCUUUUCUUCUUCUUGGCGACAGGGGAAGCUUCGCCACCGUCACUGGCAUCUUGUGCUUCAUCCUUGACACUUUCGUCGCUCCCCUUAGUGGAUUUCUUCCCACCUGAUGCUUUUCGCUUCUUCGUCUCGGGCUCUGGCUUGGUGGCGCCAAAUUUUUCAACCAUUGCAGCUAACGCCGCCGUCAGGUUGUACUCACCAUCCGCACGAGUGGCAUUCAGCAUCGUGCCAGCCUGGAUCAUAGCGUUCAUAGCGUCUGUGGGCAAGUGCACUCCAUCCUUCUUGCACAGCUCCAGAAGUUCCUGCGCUGCUUUCUUCGCUGCCGCCUUGUUGCUCAUGGUUGAUCGAUUUGGUCAGGUC